AGGAGUAAAGGAGAGAAAGACCGAGAGGAGCAGAGGGGAGAGGAAGAGGGGGAGUGGAUCUGACUGAGGAACAGGUGAGAGGAGUUGAGAUUACAGGAGAUGGGUGGAGAAUAAUCGAAUAAAAGAGGUGGAAAGGGGGAGGAGUGGAGAGAGACGAGAGAGAGGUGGAGAGGAGAGAGAAUGGAGGAGAAAAGAGGAGAGAGGGUGUUGAGAGUGUUGUGUUCACACCCGACUCACCCAACGGAAGAGAAGAGAGCAGGAGACAGAUGACCAGAGACAAGGCAAUCCCACUGAGACGGUUGACUUAACACACCCACCAACACACACACAUGCCACACACACAUACCACAUAUACACCACACACACACACACACACCACACAUACACCUAAAGAGAGCAACUCAGCCACAUGCACAAAGACUUGUAAAUCUGUUCAGACACAUGUACAAGCAAACACACAGACAAACACACACAGACUUUCACUUUUCUCAGAGAACACUGUUUGCCAGGUCCAGAUGAAGAGGAUUGUGUUCAGGAGGACGAGAGGCGACCAGGAAACACACACUGGACUUGGACCUGCAAUCUCCCACCAACAGGCGUGUAACAAACACACACACACACACACACACACACACACACACACACACACACAAACACACACACACACACACACACACACCGUCAGAGCAAGACCAGGAGGACAGAAGCUGGACUGCACUCUACAUUCUGCUGUGACAAGAGAUAGACACGCGCUCUCUUCACACAGCCAAGGACCUCUGCUUGGAGCCACUAAACAACCUGUCACUUGGAGUAACACACUGUCUCUCAUCUGAUCUGAGCCAGAACGGAACCAAGCACCUGGAACCUAGAACACUGACUGUGUCCAGCACAUGCUUUGGGCUUUGACCACCUUCAUCCAGGAGGAUUGCACACAGACAGAGACCCGGAUCUAGCCUCUGACCUCUCACCUGCAGCCUGUGGCUGGCGGUGUGACGGCUUGUCUACUGUGGAGCAGCACCUACUCUAUUUCUCUGUUCUCUCUGGUCUCGCUCCUCACAUGGUCUCGUUCUUUGGCCUCACUGUCUAGUUUAUUAUAUUUGUCUCUCUCUUCUGUCUUUUAAGACUUCUUUGGUUACUCUCUCCAUCUUCUUGUUCUCUCCCGUGUCUCUCCCUAGCCACUAUCUCUCUCCUCCAGUCUUUCUCUCUAGUCUCGCUUCUGUCUCUCCCCUCCAUCUCCCUCUCUGUCUCCUCACAUCCUCCCGCUAUGAUGCUGAGGAGAGACCGUCUGCUCCUGUCUGUGACCCUCACAGCCAUCUUCACUGCUGACCUCUACUUCGUCCUGCUCCCCAAGCUCCGCCACAGACAACCAGGACCAGAUGAUGGAGGCUGCAUUUGUCCCUCCUCCAGGGGGACUAACUUCACCCUUGCUGGGUACAGCGGCCUCACCACCCCCUGGCCCUCCAACACCACCUCCAUGGACCUCCAGGGGAUGGGGGUCAGAGCUACGGACAACCUUACAGAGUUGGGCUCGAAGCUGGAGAGGCUGUUUGCUCAACCCCUGUAUAACAUCCAGACACCGGAGCUGGUGCUAGAAGAGAGGCUGUUACAGUCUGAAGAGGUAAUGGGGUAUUACAGGAGGAAGGUCUCGCGCUGGGAGAGGCAUAUGAAGCUGUACAGCGAGGCAGCAACGUUGCUGGAACACCAAGCGACCUUUGACCCUGAGGCCAGCUGGCUGAAGUUCCACCUGGGCAUUAAUCGCUACGCUCUGUAUGCCCGCGAGGACCCCACAAUCACCCGCCUGCUGAAGGACAUGCAGUCCAACGCCGUCAUCAGCGCAGAUUACACUCAAGACGAAAAGGCCCUCAAAGGAGCGUGUGACUGUACCCGGGUGGUAAAGCCCAGUGGAUACCACCUCAAGCUGGCCCUGAAGAUGCAGAACUAUGGCAAGGCCAUGUUCAAACCCAUGAGACAGCAGAGAGACCAGGAGACUCCUGAUGAUUUGUUCUACUUCGUCGACUUCCAGAGACACAAUGCUGAGAUUGCUGCCUUUCACCUGGACAGAAUCCUGGACUUCCGGAGGGUACCGCCGGUGGUGGGCAGGCUGGUGAAUUUGACGGGGGAGAUUCUCCUGACCACUCACAAUGAGGACCUAAGGAGUGUGUUCUUUACCUCUCCAGCGAACAACACGUGUUUCUUUGCUAAGUGUCUGUACGUGUGUAAGACGGAGUAUGCAGUGUGUGGGAGCCCUGACCUGCUGGAGGGCUCCAUGUCAGCCUACCUCCCCGGUCUCAGCAUCGCCCCUCGUAUCUCCAUCCCCAACCCGUGGAUACGAUCAUACACCUUCACUGGCAGGGAGGAGUGGGAGGUGAACCCCUUGUACUGUGACACCAUAAAGCAGCUGUAUCCCUACAACUCAGGGAACCGACUGCUCAACAUCAUAGACAUGGCCAUCUUUGACUUCCUUAUUGGUAACAUGGACAGGCACCAUUAUGAGAUCUUCACCAAGUUUGGCGAUGAAGGUUUUCUUCUUCACUUUGACAACGCCAGAGGGUUUGGGAAGCAUUCUCAAGAUGAGAUGUCCAUACUGGCUCCACUGUCACAGUGCUGCAUUAUAAAGCGUUCCACGUUAAUGCGGCUGCAGCUCCUCUCCCAGGACCGCUAUAGGCUCAGUGAUGUGAUGAGGGAGUCCCUGGGAGGAGACGCACUGCAGCCGGUCCUUACUGAGCCCCACCUGCAGGCCCUGGACCGCCGGCUGCAGCGUGUCCUGAAGACAGUCCACAGGUGUGUGCGCAGGCUGGGAGAGGCUCAGGUGAUCACCACAGACUUUGUUGAUACCUCCGUCAUGCCUGAGUCUGUUAAACCAGUGUCUGCGCCCAACAAGGAGAGGUAACUAAGGUUAACAAGGAAUUCAAAAGAAGUGCACUAUAAUAGGGGAAUAGGAUGACAUUUUGGACGUAUCCCCAAGUCCUACAAGGGGAGGUAACAUAAGACCAAGGACAGCCUGAGGACCAUGAUGGCAGGUGACCUCGUCCUGUAAAAGCAGGAACCACAGGGUCUGGUCCCUCUCACCGAGUAAUGCAUUCCGAACUAGUCUUUGAAGUCAAACCUUUGGAAUGAUACGGUCAGCUUUGACAAUAGACAGCAGCACUGCUUUCCUGCACUGUCAAAAUGUCACACAUGGCCUUGGGCUAUGAGGUCACCUGAGGUCACCUUCCACCCUCUCUGGAGAUCCCCUCUGCCUUGCAGUGCAUUGAAAUGGACCUACUGUAUCAGUGCGUCAAAGGAGCCAAAUGACUGUGGAAGAAGCACUGGAUAAUUUAAGAUGAUUUCUGCUUUUUCAUGAUUUCACACCCUUCUUCAGUACUCUGUCAUUUCAAUUUCAUUUCAAUGAUUGCACAUCAGUUCUGUGAAGUAACCUUGUGCCAACAGAUAUUUAAUCAAAUAUACAUUUGUAAAUAAAGGUUAUGAUUUGGGGUGAUCCAUUGAACAAAACUUUAAUACGAAGAAAUGAUGACACUUCAAUACUCCUUACAUUUCUACUGCUUUCUGUUGUGUAACUGUUUUGAUUGAUCUGGAUUCACGUUAGACACACAUAGUGAAAGUUAAAAGGAAAGACAAACUGAGAGAAAGUGCAUGGAUGAAAAAGAAAGUGUGUGUAUGAGGUGUUUCCUCCUACAGGAAAGUGUCACCUAUUAAACCUCCAUUUAAACGGCCCAUGGUUUUUCCAGAUAGCACGUAGACGUCUAAUGCCCGUCUGUCUGUCUCAUCAGGAGGUGUCUGUCUGUCUGUCUUUCUGACUGUCUCAUCAGGUGUCUUUCUGUCUCAUCAGGAGGUGUCUGUCUGUCUGUCUUUCUGACUGUCUCAUCAGGAGGUGUCUGUCUGUCUGUCUGUCUCAUCAGGUGUCUUUCUGUCUCAUCAAGAGGUGUCUGUCUAUUUAAUCAGGUAUCUGUCUGUCUGCCCUUUAAGCACUUUCACAACCAUAACACACCCUGCCAUAAAUACCUCAUCAUCAUCACAGCUACUGUACUGUAUGUGUACAUGCAGCUUAUACUUUGUUCUGACUAGUCUGAAACAAAGUAUUGUCUUCAAACAACAUUCUGUUUGAUGCCAUUUCAUCUCAACACGUCUGGACCUUUUGCUCCGAGCUGUUCUCAUUGUUGUCCUGACUACAAAUCCAAUGCAUCCUGAUGUUUUUGAAGAGGGAGAAUAACCACAACUAUUUUAAAGAGCCUGAGUGAGUGAAAUCACACCAAAUGAAGUUGGGCUUCUGUCCAACAAUGCCGGAGGGAGCUUAUGGAAGACUGUUUUAUAAGGUGUCAGCAGCAAAAACGCUCAGAACAUUUAUUGGUUGUGCAACAGUGACUGAUCUUAAAUGCAUGCAGGAGUGGGUUCUGGGUUUACUAACUUUAUGAGCUCUCCAAUGAAGUGGGUGGCUUUCUUUCAUCCACCGACAGUUAAACAUCUAAUUUCACCAAACACCAAUAGGCUACAGUGGAGUCAUUUUCUCAUGUAUUUUCUUCAUAUGCACUGAACCAAUAAAACAGAAUGUCAAGAGGCCCUCCU